GGAAUGGGAUGGGUCGCUUUUGAUGUUGUUAAGCGCAUUUAUCAGAGUGUCCUGUCCCAUUUUAUUUAGUGUUAACCAUGAAAAGAAAUUCCACUUCCUAAUAUAAAAUGGGGAAUAUUUCUCUACUUUUCCCACCUCCUCCUUUUAUCAUCUUGCAUAACACCUUCAUCUGUUUGGAUCUUCUUCCCCAACAAUGACAAAACCUAAAAUUCCUACUAAGAUUUCCCAUCUGUUUUUUUAAUUUUCGAAUUCCCAUUUUGUUUUUAUCAGAGUUUGCUGAUUUUAAUGGCAAUGCUGGGUACUGAUAGGUCUAGUUCUUGUGCCUUGGUUUGUUUGAAUGGCUAGAGACACGAGGGUGUGCUUGAGAAGGGGGCCGUUGUGAAUUGGAAGUAUAGUAGUAGUAGCUGUUAUUUUGCAUGCAUCUUCGAAAUGAUUGCCAAUACAGAUAUCGUCGAAGAUGGUCUUUGCCAGGAAUUGGAGUCUAUGUGUGUUUCAAGAAAGCUUGUUAGAAGUGUGAGCCAGAAGUUACGGAAGAAGAGAAUACACAGAAGUGCCGGGAAUGAAGAGGAAACUGCUAAUGGGUUUUCUCUAAGAUGUCUCACUUUAUAUGGAAGAGGUGGGGGUUGUAAAGUUGGGGCUGACACCAGUGAAGAGUUUGGAGAUUCAAGCAAUAGGAGGAGGUCAAGUGCUAGUGAGGAAGGGAAAGGAUUUAAACCCAUGUGUGGGGGUGAGGAAGCAGGAGUUGACUGCUUCUCCUAUGGCAGGAAGGAUCGUUUCUGGAAGAGAAAUAAUAGAAAGGAGUUAGAGUACGAGGAAUCUCAAAGAAACGGUAGAAUGAAUCUUUCACUUCCGGAUGAUAUCUUAGAGAUGUGUUUGAUGAGGCUUCCUUUAUCAAGUCUCAUGAAUGCUCGUCUUGUCUGCAAAAAAUGGAAUUACUUGACAACAACCCCUCGAUUUAUGCAAAUGCGUAGAGAAGGUCUUUAUCAAACUCCAUGGCUGUUUGUGUUUGGUGCUGUUAAGGAUGGUUACUGUACUGGGGAAAUUCAUGUGCUUGAUGUAUCCCUUAAUCAAUGGCACAACAUAAAUGCUGAAGUUCUUAGAGGAAGGUUCAUGUAUUCUGUUGCCAGCAUGCGGGAUGAGAUUUUCAUUGUUGGAGGUUGUUCUAGUCUGACUAGUUUUGGAAGGGUUGACAGAAGUUCAAUCAAGACACAUAAGAGUAUGUUGGUUUUUAGUCCCUCAGCGAAAUCCUGGCGUAAAGUUGCGUCUAUGAAGUAUGCUAGAUCAUCUGCUGUACUUGGGAUUUCCGAGGUCAGUGUAGACUGUCCAGUUGUGCAAAGUCAGUCAAGCCGCCAAGAUCGGCGUUUACCUAGGUCAAGGCUUAAUGGGGUGUCUGAUGUUUAUGAGGAUCCUCACCGACUCUCUGUCAGACGACAGCUGAGAAAUUUGUCUGAUGAAAAUGCCGGUUUCUUGGCUCCAAUAAAAAAGCAGUGCAAGCCUUUGAGACACAGAAGUGAGACUUCAAGCCUAAGGGAAAGUAAGAGGUUUGUGCUAAUUGCUAUUGGUGGUCUUGGGUCAUGGGAUGAACCUUUAGAUUCUGGGGAACUUUAUGACUCUAUAUCAAACAAAUGGGUUGAAAUUCCAAAACUUGCUGUAGAUUUUGGCAUUGUUUGUUCUGGAGUUGUUUGUAAUGGUACAUUCUUUGUUUAUUCAGAGUGUGAUAAGCUUGCUGGCUAUAACAUAGAAAGAGGAUACUGGACUGUGAUCCAAACAACCCCAUCACCACCUCGUGUUGAUGAAUAUUACCCCAAACUUGUGUCGUGUGAUAGCCGUUUGUUCAUGCUUUCUGUGUCGUGGUGUGAAGGAGAUGGUCAAAUAGGUAGGAGAAACAAAGCCAUAAGAAAGAUGUGGGAGCUAGACCUUAUGUAUCUUGCUUGGACUGAGGUAUCAAUCCACCCUGAUGCCCCUAUGGAUUGGAAUGCUGCAUUUGUAGCUGACAAGAAUCUCAUAUUUGGAGUUGAAAUGUUCAAAAUAUUUGGGCAAGUAUUGGACUUCUUUACCGUCUGCAACGUAUCAGACAAGGUCAUAAAAUGGAGCCAUAUAUCGAGGAAUCGUGUAGCUCUUGAACAUGAUGCAUCCUCAUGUGUGACAAAAACUAUGAUGGCAGUUCAUCUCUGACCCUGCUUCAACAAUGCCAGAAACUUAUGAAAGAAUAGAAUUGUGCCACAAUAUAGGUAUGCUUGAUGUGCAACUUACAUCCCCAUUAAUGUAGACCUGUUUUAGUCUGAUGAAACAGAAAUUUAUGGGUUUUUCCUAUCAAUAUUCAACAUUGAGUAAUGAAUAGUAAUGAAGGUGGAUUAGUUGUUUGUA